CCCACGUUAAUCUUGUCCCAUUUCAAGUCCUUAACAAACCGCAACGCUAAGCUAAAUCCUCCAAGUCUCCUCUUCGUCGACGUCGUCAUCGUCGUCUUUCCCUCCUUUCCUCUAGGCUCUAGCUCCUCUCUCCCGCGUCCCAAUUCCCCAACCCUAAGCAACCCUUGCCACCGCGCGAGGCAGCCAUGGGCGGCGAGACGCCAGACGCCGACGGGAAGGCCCGCUCAGCGGACUCCUCCUCCUACGGUUUCCCGCCGUCGGCGCCGCUGCAGCAGCAGCACCAACAGUACGGCACCUUCGGGCCCCCGUCCACCUCCGAGGAGUUUUCGCAGCCAGCGGUCGGGUUCCCCCAGCCGGCUCCGCCGCCCGGGCUCCUGCACUACCCUCCGCCCGCGCCGGCGUCGUACGCGGUCUACCCGCCUCCUCCGCAGCUCUACUCGGCGGCCGCGCCGUACUACGCUCAGGGCUACCAGGCCGUGCAAGGUUAUAUUCCUGUUGUUGAAGGAAGGCCUGUGAGAAUGCGACAUCUUCCAUGGUGUGGCCUUGGCAUGGGUUGGCUUCUGUUUAUUGCUGGAUUCUUCCUUGCUUCUAUUCCAUGGUAUAUUGGAGCUUUUGUUCUGAUCUGCGACCGAGUACAUGACUACAGGGAGAAACCAGGAUAUGUUGCUUGCACUAUUGCUGCUUCACUUGCUGCAAUUGCUGUGCUGCUUGGUGUCACAAACAGAGCAGAAAUGUGGUGAGCGCGCAUUCAAUUAUCAGCUGUUUGCGUAAUGUAAAUGUUCAUUCUUCCCCUACUUUCUUUAGUCAUCUGGGUUGUACAUGUAUGGGUAGAAAGAAUACUCGACUGAGACUGGUGUACUAUCAUAUUUGUUGUUUGACCUUUAUAUUUCUAGAGUGGAAUGGUUUAUGAUGUAUUCUCAUGUUAAUUAUUUGAAAAAAAAUCUCGUUGCCCUU